AUGAGUGUUUCCAAACACCUCCUAUACGAACAGCAAAAUCAAACAAACCAACAACUGAAAGCUAGGCCAGACUUUUGCGUAAAUCCUAUUGAUCACGAUCCAUAUUUAGCAGCAGCAUCUGGAAAGCUACCCACAAGAAGAGAACAUCAGACGAUGGUUUCCUACCUUUCCAUUAAGAGUCCACACUUCCUCCGUCUGGAUCUCUCCGUUGAUGACAGGAAUCGGAUCAAUCUGGUGAGCAAACAUCGACCGGAGAAAAUGAAGGCACCGACUACCAUCAAAAUUUACACCGCUUGUCUGCGCCAGGACAUCGAGUACAAAACACUUGGGAUUUCGUACGACGCCACCAGCAAAAGCGUGGUCCAGCAGCUGCUCCGAAGAUGUAAAAUGCGCCACCGGGACCCACGGCUGUUCUACCUGACGAUGGAGGUGACGGUCCGGAGGCCGGGUGUUAAAUCCGUACUGGAACUGGACGACGAGGCGCGGCCGGCGCUGCUUCAAGCCUGCCACCCGAAGGGCGACUCCAGAUUUUGUCUGCAACAAAAACCUGGUGGUCUGAUUCGGGUUCACACAUCGGCGCUGCAGCCCAACUCCCAGUACAAGUCGCUGCUCAUCUCCGAGGACACUACCUCGGACGAGCUCCUGUCGCUGCUGCUGACCUGCUACAACUCGAUGGAACCGGUGGAACAGUUCAGCCUGUACGAAGUUUGUCCCGGCCAGGAGUACCAGCGGAAGUUGCACCCCGACGAUCUGCCCCUGAAAACGCAAAUCCAACGGCAGCAGAAGAACGAGAUUAUGCACUUUCUGGUCCGACGCAAUCCAAACUAUCCCCGGAGGAGACAGAUGCUGGCACCGAUUUCAGAGGCAAAACAUUUCAUCCUGGGCCCCGGAGGAUUGGGACACAACCGGCUGUCCCUGCAUUCCACCACCUUCCCGCUGACGGCCGUCACGACCCCGACCAACACCCUCAUCUCGGACAUCGUAGACGGAGUGUCUUCGCUCAACAAUCUCAAGGAAACGAAAAGUUUAGCCCUGCGAGAAACAUCCCUACCUGUGUGCACUUCCGGUUCCGGUGGAAUUGUCAGCAGUUGUGACUCGGCGGAAGACAUCAACAAUAACAAACGGACAACAAGUUGCCAUGAGUGCAAAUCGACAUCGGAAAGUUGUCCCCACACCGACAGCAGUAAACCUCCCGUCAUCAAGGGCAAAAACUUGGACCGAAGUUCUCAGGCACCGCCUCGACCUUCCAAGGCCGGUCUGCUGCCAUCGCUCCUGAGCAGCCCCAACUCCUCCUACAACCCGGUCUACAACAUCCGUGAGAUCCGGACCGUAUGCCAUUCGUUCUCCUCGCUCGGCAUCGACAAAAAGCUGGUGGACAUCGAACGGAGCCAAGGUGGUUUAGUCGUCAAAGAAGCCGUCAACACUGACCCGAUGAAGGGGGUGGGUAAUUUCAUUUACAUCUAGAUUCCGGUUUGAUACCCGUGGCCAUUGCCGACACUUGGAGGGAUGGACGGACGGGAUCGGGUCAAAGGUCCCAACGACCUCUCGCUGUAUCUUUGAUAAUAAGUUCGAAAGUACAAUUCCCCGGUCGGGUUCGGUGUGUUUCCGGAAGACUUUUUUUUUAAUCGGAAUCGAAAUCACAGAGCUAUCGAAUUUAAUUGGAGUAUCGAACUUCAAUCAGUCGUUAAUCGUCACAAAAUUCAGUCUAGAAAGUUCGAAUUUCCACAAUCCACUAACAGCAUUUUCGAAAAUUCUUCUCAGAAACACACCGCGUUAGGUCAAGACUACCCCGCGGGAUCGAAAGUAAACCGAAACUCAGAUCAAAGCAAAUUUCAGUACUCGUGGUUCGUCCUUUACCCCUUUUUGCAAUCCACCAUCCCCACGAAACUCCCACAAAUCCCAAAUGGAAUCGAAACCAAUCCUGGAAUGAUUUUCCUGGUAAAAAAUAUGAACGAAAAUUGACGCCAAGUAUACUGAACUCAGAAAAAAAAUCAGCUCCUUUAUUAUUAUAUAUAUUGUUUCAUCCUAGUCAAAGUUAUUAAUAUUAUUAUAUCGAUUUUAUUGGAUGUUUUUCUCUGAACCGCCCACCCCUUAAUUUUUUUUGCUGAAAUAAAUCAAAAGCGAUCACCGAAGAGCGCAACCACAUGAUGUUAGGAAUAAAUAAAAAAGCACCCUCAAACAGGAAAAAAACAUGAGAAAGCAAACAGCAGCAGCAGCGAAUCAAAAAAGUUGUAAUUCAAGCCAAAACAAUCAAAACUCCUCAGAGCAAACAACACAAACUAAGGUUAGAAAAAAAAAAAAAAACAAACAAACAACCAACACACAAAGAAGAGAAGCUCAAGUAAAGCACGAAUAUCCUCCCGCGCCAAAUCAAUCAAUUUUAGUGUGAGAAGAAUAUAGGGGUAAAAAAGUAAUAUAUACGUAUAGAGAGGGAAAAAAACAAAAAAGUUGAGACGGCUCGGGAGUUUUGUACAGAAGCAGAAUUAAUCAAAAAACGAAGAAAAUUGUGAAAUGUAAUUUAUAGGAAAAGUCUUAUGAAAUAUUCAGCACCAGAGGGCGCCUCCGAAGGAAGAAGACGCCGUGUGUGUCCGGUGAGGUCAAGUAUAAGAAACAGACACACACACACAGCAAAGCGAAACGAAGGAAAGGGAAAAAACGAGCGCUACCAUGCCAAAGAACCAAAAAAGUUUUAGCGUGUAAGACGGAGAAGACAACAAAAUCCUUAUACUAAAAAUUGUACAUAUACAAAAGAAAGUUUUAGCUUAAGAAGACGCUACCCUAACUAAGUAAGGCUAUGGAAGAGUAGAAACCAAAAAUGUACACACUUACAACUACCUACAUACACUCAGCUUGCAUCCAAUAGAAAAUUAGCAUUCACAACAAAUUGUAAGGUUCUCGAGAAUUGCGAUUUAACUUAGAGCAAAGUAUAUCCCUAAAUAGUGCAUAUUCCAAAUAAUUCACGCAAAGAUUUAGCUUGUUUUUUUUUCUUAGUCACAUGAAUACACACCUACACACAAAGAUCGGUUUAAAUCAAGUUUACUCGCAUUUAUCGCAAAGAGAAAUCCACACUUUAUUUAGGUAGUCAGAAGCAAAGCUCAACUCCUCCCCGUAAUAGGAUGUGAUGGGGUGUGCUUUUAUUUUGAAGCUUGUUCCGUUUGUUGAAAUAAAUUGACACUAAACGAAUUGAUUAAGUGAAAAUCUAAA